AUUUGUUUGGUUGUUCAGGCAACCGAUUUUGUUGAUUAGCGACAGCGUGGACUAGUUGUAUUUUUGAGAAGAAAACAAGGCGGACAUAUCUUCUCACAUAGCAAUUACCGAGAUCGAACAACGAAUUUAAAAGCAAAAAAUUACAUUAACUUUCGUUUUUUGUGCUCUCUUAGAUUUUGUCAGAAAUCGAUUGCACGGAGAAGACCAUGUUUUAUCUCGGUAUCUUUGCGGUGCUAUGGUCGGCGAUGACGUGUUCUCUUGGAUUCACGAUGGAUCGUUCAGCAGCGCUUGUGCCGCCCACGUGGGACAUGGCGCCGUCUUUGGACACUUAUCAAAGGGUCGACUCCGCGUUGAACUUCAAAACACAGGUGACAAGUACGGACAGAAUAUUGCAAGCUGUAGAUGCGAAAGUGUCGGCAAAACUGACGGAGAGAAUAGCGGAUAAUCAGACACGCGACAAGAGAGCGACAACUGAGAGUAGAGAAAUCGGAAUGAAACUUAUCAAUAACACGGCAUCGACAAUGAGAAAUGACGCGUCUGAUUCCUCUGAAGAAAACACUAAUGUUAGAUGCAAUAACAAGAUAGAGACUAAUGGUACCCCCUUGGAUGGUGCAUUAAUUUCUGAAAACAAAGAAAAAGAUUGCGAUUGUGAGCGUAUUCUUCGUUCGAAUAUCGGAGAAUUGUUAUCCUGGGCGAGACAAACGAGAGGAAUGACAACAGGCGCAGUUUCCGGUAGCAACUUCUCCAUCCCGUUCUUUCCUAGAUACAAAUUUGAUGUAUCUAACGAAAGCAAUGUAAAAUUAGAACUACAGGAGAACAAACAUGACUUUAACGACGCUUUGCAAAUCAUCGAUCUUAGCGACGAAGCGAAAUCUGUUCCUUCUUUAAUUACAGCUGAUCCUAAAACAGAGGCAAUGAAUUAUGACAGUACGUGGGACGUUUUUGAUGUGUUCUCCAAAAUUAGAAUGGCAAUCUUCCAGUCCCUGCUCGAAUCGUUGAGUAGGAACCGUGUUACAUCCGAGGACGAUUUUUCAUUGCAUAGAUCGUUUCCUAUUAAACCAACUGUAACUAAUUUAAUCGAAAAUACUAUCAAAAAACUUAAGUCUGUUCCAAACCACAAUGGUUACAUGUUAGUCGCUGUCGUACCGAGAAGCGAAGGAGCUGCCAUUGUCGAUCUUAUGCAACGCGAAACUUCUCCGAAAGAUACUCUCUUAGUUAUGAUGCAAAUCUGUGCCGGGAACAAAAAAUCUGUACCGUUCGUCGCGCAAGGACCGAAUAAUGAAAUUCUUCGGGAAGUAGUAACGAUCGAGGAACUUCCGAUCAUAAUUAAAAAAGCGAUCGCGAGCAAUUUCCACGGUGCAGGAUGCACAAAUAGAAAGAGGCGCGAUAUUCCGAUCGUCUCGCAUCUGCCCAUCGAGAUUUUCUCGCAAGAAUUGCCAGCGCGGAAACGAGUUGCCAGAGACAAGGAUGCCGUUGAAAAACUGAUGUUGCUGGUACAACCUACAAAUGAAAUGUCUAAGCAGAUACAGGUUGAGCUGAAUGAGAAUCCAGCGACCCGUGAUAAGGACCUCGAGAUGAUCAAGGAAUGGCUCGCUAAACAACCUCAUUUACCUCAGUUUGAUGAUGAUCAAAGAAUAAUGACGUUUCUACGCGGAUCCAAAUUUUCUUUGGAGAAAUGCAAACAAAAACUGGACAUGUAUUUCACGAUGCGUGCAGUGAUUCCCGAAUUUUUCUCUAAUCGUGACAUAACGAGGCCGACGUUGCAAGAUGUAGCGAAACAUGUACAAAUGCCUGCUUUGCCUGGUUUAACAAAGAACGGACGUCGUGUGAUCAUAAUGCGAGCUAUCGUUAAUAAAGAUCAGCCAAUAACCGUAUCCAAUAUCACGGAAGCUAUGAAGAUGGUCUUUAUGAUCGGCGAUGUGCGCCUCAAGGAGGAGACCCAUGGCGUUGCCGGAGACGUUUAUGUCUUCGACGCUUCUGUCGCGACGCCCUCGUAUUUCGCCAAGUUUACGCCGACCUUAGUAAAGAAGUUUCUGGUCUGUGCUCAAGAGGCGUAUCCAGCAAAAGUGAAAGAGGUGCACAUAAUAAACAUCAGUCCUCUCGUCGACACGAUUCUCAAUUUCGUCAAGCCAUUCCUGAAAGAGAAGAUACGCAAUCGCAUCUACACGCACAGCAACAUUGAGUCACUCUACAAUCACAUACCUAAGGAGAUACUGCCGACUGAGUACGGCGGAGACGCCGGCCCCAUCAUUGAUAUGCACGAGAUGUGGCUGAAGAAAUUGGAGGAAUAUGGACCGUGGUUUGCGGAACAGGAAGCUGUGAAAGCUAACGAGGCCUUACGACCAGAUAAACCAAAGACGCAGGACGAUCUAUUCGGUAUCGACGGAUCUUUCCGGCAGCUGACCAUCGAUUAAAUUGAUUAAUGCGCCACGAAGUGUGUCGUCAACGUAAUCAUCGCCAACGGCAAUCGUUAAUUAGAACGUUCGUUCGCGUUAGGAGCAGAAACUUCGACGUCGACCGAUCGUACGUUAUGCUUGUGUGAUGAAUAUUUUAAUGCAUUUUCCUUUCAAACAAUUAUAAUCGAAUUAUGAACUUUUGUAUAGAAUUUAUACACGAUAUCGAUUUUCUUCAAAGUCGUUUACGACGAUAAUCAAUAAAAAAAUUUAAUUGGGAAGCUCAUUUGCGGAGAAUAAUAGAGAUAGCAAAUAUUCUGUCAAAAGAAAUAACGCAACGCUAAUAGAGUAUAUUUUGCAUUUUUUAUUAUUAACGGCAGUUAAUUUAUUUUUAUAAUUAGAAACGCUCUCUAAUUACAACAUUGAUUAUAAUUUAAUAAAGCGUUGUUUAAAAUAAUGUAAAAACAAAAUAUUUUUUUUUUUUUACAUAGAAAUUUAUCUUAUUACAUUAUUAAUCUCUUGGAUAAUACCGAUGACUUCUGAUGAGAUGUAUACGCAUAGUUAUAAUAAUUUGAUAUUUCAGCGUCUCUCUGAGAAAUUUAUGUGACUGAAAUGUAAUAUUUUUAUAUGUGUAAGAUUAUAUCAAUGAUAAAAAAUAUGAUACCAAAAA